AUGGACGAGUAUAGGGGUGGCCUAGGGGGGGUAAGCGGGUUGGGGGGCGAGGGGGAAAGGAGAGGGGAGGGCAGGAUGGGCGGGAGAGCCGUUGACGUGGGGGGAGGCUUGGCGGGUGAUUGGGAGGGGGAGCAUCAGCAGAGACGCUACAACCCGUUUCACCUGCAGCAAGAGCGGCAGCAGCAGCCAGAGUAUUUCGAGGAGGGCGACGAGGGGAGCGAAGAGGCGGAGGGGGAAGGGGGGGACGAGUCCGAGGAGGAUGUUCCGCUCAACCAGCGCAGGGGGAGCGCGCAGCACAGCGCGGAUGGGGGCGAGGGGGGGGCGCUGGGGGGCAGAGGCGCAGCGGGAGGAGUGCCUGCUCCAAGAGGGGGCGCUGGGCGCGGGAGGGGGCGGGGGAGAGGAAGAGGAGGGGGAGGAGGAGGGGUGGGGGGAAGGGGAGGCGGGGCUGUUGCUCCCCUGAAGCGCAAAUCCAGUGGCCCUCUGCCUCCCUUACCACACCCAUCCGUGCGCCAGCAGCAGGGGCUGCAAGAGCACGAGGAUGCUUAUAACGGAGAUGGAGUGCACGGAGAUGACUCUAUAGCGAGUGAAAGCGCCCAUGAAAGGCACUCUGGCAGCCCGGGGAAGGCGCUGGGGCGAGGGCGGGGGCGGGGCAGGGGCAGGGGGAGAGGCAGGCUUGGGGGAAGGGGAUUGGAAGGGGGGGAAGCGGAAGGCACAGGAAGGGGAGGACAGGCAGGAGAUGGUGGGGGAGGUGAUGUGCUUGGUGGGGGUGAUGUGCUUGGUGGGGGUGAUGUGCUUGGUGGGGGUGAUGUGCUUGGUGGGGGUGAUGUUCUGUCCCCUGGGCGGGGUAGGGGGAGAGGCAGGGGGAGGGGACGGGGAAGGGGAGGGGGAAGAGGAAGGGGAGGGAGCGUUGCAGGGAGAGAGGCAAGUGAGGAGGAGGCAGGGGCGGGCAGUGAGUGGGAGGAGGGCGAGGGGUAUGGGCGUGCAGGGGAGGACGCGUACGUGGGCAGUAGGUAUGGGGGUGGGCGGUAUAACGAGGCAGCAGCGGCGGAGAGAGAGGCGGUGCCAGGGCGGCUGCGGCUCACUGAGGAGGCGCACUCGCCCUUCCCCCUGCUCCCCCCGCCCCCCACCCCGCCUGCUGCCACGGCUGCAGCACGGUCGGCAGCACGGUCGGCAGCAGAGGGUGGCAGAGCAGAGGCAGGCACAGGCAGUGGGCACACUCUGCAGCAGCAGCAGCGGCAGGAAGAGGGGGAGCAGGAGGGGCAGGAUGAGAAGCAGGGCAAGGGGGCAUCAGAUACGGGUGCGAGUGUGGCUGUCCGGUUUGCUGCAGCCAUGAGAGCCGCGGCUGCUGGGGAGGGGUCGCUGGCGGAGGAGGCAGCUGCCAUUGCUGCUGCUCUGCCUGCUCCACGCGUGUGGGAUCAGACCAGCCUGGACAGGAUCUCGACCGUUGAUCGCGAGGAGAGGAUUCGACGGCUGGAGUCGCAGUGCAUGGACGAGUGUGUGCAGCUGUGCCGCGACCUCAUCGUGCGCCAACGCCUCUGGCACCAGGUGGGACAAGGGGGGAGAGGGGGGAAGCGCCUCUGGCACCAGGUGGGACAAGGGGGGAGAGGGGGGAAGCGCCUCUGGCACCAGGUGGGACAAGGGGGGAGAGGGGGGAAGCGCCUCUGGCACCAGGUGGGAGAGACAACGCCUCUGGCUCCAGGUGGGAGAGACAACGCCUCUGGCUCCAGGUGGGAGAGACAACGCCUCUGGCACCAGGUGGGAGAGACAACGCCUCUGGCUCCAGGUGGGAGAGACAACGCCUCUGGCUCCAGGUGGGAGAGACAACGCCUCUGGCUCCAGGUGGGAGAGACAACGCCUCUGGCUCCAGGUGGGAGAGACAACGCCUCUGGCUCCAGGUGGGAGAGACAACGCCUCUGGCUCCAGGACAUAGUGGAUGCGGGAAAGCCCCUGCCGCCCGUCAAGCUCUUCCCCAUCGUGCCGCCACUGGACCUCCUCGACCCCGUCAGCCCGCCUGCCCUCCCUCACCUCCACUUUGACUCGCUCCUCCCGCUCCUCCCACCCGCCAUGCAAGCUGCUGCUGGGGCAACAGCUGCUGCUGGUGGGAGGGGAGUGAAGGGGAAGGCGGAGGCGGAUGUGGGGGCGGGCAGUGCAGGGGGGCGGGGAGGACGGGGCAGAGGAGGGCGAGGGAGAGGGAGGGGAGGGAGGGGAAUGAAGCCGGCGGGCUGGGAUGCUGAGUCGUCCGCUGCCGUGUGUGCUGGUGGCGAGUCAGCUGAAGGUGGGGCGGUGGCGGCAGGUUUACGGUUGAAACAAGAGGCGGCUGGGGCGGAGUGGGAGGAGGAUGCACCGUUGCGAAGGCAGCAGCAGCAGGGGGGGAUGAAGAGGCAUCUGGGGCAGGUGGGGGGCGCGCAGGGGCUGCAGGGCAGCGUUCCCGUGGUGGGUCGGCCGAAGCAGAUGGUUCGGCGGCUGCUGGUGUGGCGGGCGAAUGAGCGCGAGGCGCUGAGGAAGGCCCUGCUCGCGUUUGGGCUCACCCGACCGUCCAUGGUGCUGGGCAGCAUGCGGGCGAGCAUGAGGAGCGAGCGGCACGGGGCGGGGGACGUGGUGGACGCCACGUGCCACUUCCUGCGUGCAUGUUCAACGCUGCAGCCCCCCGAUGCCCUCGACCCGCGUGACCUCGCCUGGGCGCAGCGCCGCCUCUCCCACCUCGCCUCCCUCGCCAACGUCCCCUUGGGCGCCCCGGGGGACGGUGGCGAGGGGGGUGAUGGCGAGGGAGAGGGAGGGCGAGAGGGAGGUGGAGGGGGAGGGGAGGGGGAUGGGAUAGCUCGGCGGGUGGGGUGGUGGGAGCGGGUGCCGGUGGCGAGCUGUGCGCGCACGUGGCUGCGCCGCCUGCGCCUGCUGGAGCAGCUCGUGCGUGUGUGGGCGGGAGGGGGGCGAGGGAGACGGGUGUGUGGGCGGGAGGGGAGCAAGGGAGACGGGUGUGUGGGCGGGAGGGGGGCGAGGGAGACGGGUGUGUGGGCGGGAGGGGGGCGAGGGAGACGGCACGAGGUGCUGGGCUUCAUGGCGCGCAGCACGGGAUUCGCCCUCGCAUGCCACCACGUGGCGGCGCUCACCGACGCCACGCUGCCCGCGCAUUGGUGGGCGCGCGACGCUGACCUGGCGCUGCUGCUGGGCGUGGCUCUGCACGGGUACGGCGCGUACGAGGCCGUGUAUGGCGACUCUGCCCUCGGGCCGCACCUCCGCAAGCCCCAGAGGGACAGGGGGGCGCGUGGGGAGAAAGGGGAGGAGAAGGGUGAGAAGGUUGGGGAGGAGGGAGGGGCGGGGGGCGAGGAGGAGGGGUGGUUGGACGCGUACACGCUGACGCGGCGGCUGAAGCGACUCAUUGAGCACCUCGUGCGCAUCAAGCGAUCCGUGCGCCCCGACUCCCUCUCUCUGCUCCCCGCUCUCUGCUCCCUGCUCUCUGCUCUCUGCUCCCUGCUCCCUGCUCUCUGCUCCCUGCUCUCUGCUCUCUGCUCUCUGCUCCCUGCUCUCUGCUCUCUGCUCUCUGCUCCCUGCUCUCUGCUCUCUGCUCUCUGCUCCCUGCUCUCUGCUCUCUGCUCCCUGCUCUCUGCUCCUCCCCAUAUUGCCUGCUCGCCGUCCUCUCUCUGCCUCGCCACCUCUUUGCCUCGCUAUCUGAUGGCAUUCAAAGUGUCUGUGCUACCAUGCUACACUCACUCCCUUCUCUCCCCCUCUCUCUCCCCCCCUCUCUCCCCUCCUCUCUCCCCUCCUCUCUCCCCUCCUGUCCCCCCUCCUACCUCCCAUCCUGUCCCCUCUCCUCUUGCCCCUCUUCUCUAUCCCCUCUCCUCUGUCCCCUCUCUUCUCUUUCCCCUCCUCUCUCUGGCGAAGAAGCCUCAGCCUGCGCCCACGCUGACGGGUCCUCCCCCCGCCUUCACCCCCGCGCACUUCAAGCGCGCCCUUCCCCCCGCCUCCGAUGCCUGGGCUGCCCCCGCUGCUGCUGCUGCUGCCGCUGCCGCUGCUGCUGCUGCUGCCCCCGCCGCUGCUUCCGUUGCUGCUGGUGGUGGUGGCGGGAGGGGUGGGGACAUCGGCGGAAGAGGGGGCGUUGGGGGGAGAGGGAGGGUAGGCAGGGGAAGGGGAGUGGGAAGAGAGGGGAGAGGAGGAUGGGGGUUAGCUGAUGGGGGAGGAGCAGGAGGAAGGGGAGGGAGAGAAAGAGUGGGGAACGCAGGAGGGGCUUAUGAGGAGUACGGGGGGGAGGAGGAGGAGGAGGAGCAGUGGGGAGGGCGGGGGGAGCAUGGGGAGCACGGGGAAGAGUAUGGGGAGGAGGGGGAUGGGGCAGGGGAAAGGGGGGAAGAGGGGGAUGAGGGCGCGGGGGAGGAGUGGAACGAGGAUGCCCCUGUGAGGCGAGGUGGGGGGCGAGGGGAGGGCGGACUAGGCGGUGUGGAGAGAGGGGGAGGGGCGAGGGGGCGGGGCAGGGGGCGAGGCAGAGGGCGGGGAGGAGGGAGGGGCGGGGCAGCAGGUGGAGGAGAAACUGGUGCUGCUGACGCGAGCGGUAGGGGGGGGGCGGGGGAGGGGGAGAAGAGGGCGGGGGCGUGGGGGCACGAGGGGGGGCGGACGAGGUGCAGGAGCGGUGGAGAUGGGUGGUGGCGUGGGGGAGGAGAUGGAGUGGGAGGCACAGGCGGAGGAACGGGAGGGGGACGCGGAGGGCGCGCAGGGUGGCGGCCGCUGGCGUGCACACGGGGCAGGGGGGGCGCAUGGGGAAGGGGAAGGGGCGGCACAGGGAGGGGCGGCACAGGGAGGGGCGGCACAGGGAGGGGCGGCACAGGGAGGGGCGGCACAGGGAGGGGCGGCACAGGGAGGGGCGGCACAGGGAGGGGCGGCACAGGGAGGGGCGGCACAGGGAGGGGCGGACACGGCGUGGAGCCGCAAGGAGAAGCUGGAGCUGCUGCGCCUGCUCAUGCUGUGGGGGCUGCCCGCUGUGAGUGGCUCAUGCUGUGGGGGCUGCCCGCUGUGAGUGGCUCAUGCUCACGCUCACCCCAUGAGGUCUUCCCCAUCCCGUUCUUCCCCUCGCACCCCUCGGGAGCAGCGGCAUGGCGGCAGCAGGACGAGCCGUGUGAGGUGAGGGGUGGUUGUGAAGGAUGGAUGUUGAGAGACAGUGCGCCUAUCAUGUGCUUCAACCUGCUCUGCCCCUGCUCAACCCAACCAUCCUGUCCCGUGCUUCCCCUCACACCAACAUGCUUCCCCUCACACCAACAUGCUUCCCCUCACACCAACAUGCUUCCCCUCACACCAACGUGCUUCCCCUCACACCAACAUGCUUCCCCUCACACCAACGUGCUUCCCCUCACACCAACGUGCUUCCCCUCACACCAACGUGCUUCCCCUCACACCAACGUGCUUCCCCUCACACCAACGUGCUUCCCCUCACACCAACGUGCUUCCCCUCACACCAACGUGCUUCCCCUCACACCAACGUGCUUCCCCUCACACCAACGUGCUUCCCCUCACACCAACGUGCUUCCCCUCACACCAACGUGCUUCCCCUCACACCAACGUGCUUCCCCUCACACCAACGUGCUUCCCCUCACACCAACGUGCUUCCCCUCACACCAACGUGCUUCCCCUCACACCAACGUGCUUCCCCUCACACCAACGUGCUUCCCCUCACACCAACGUGCUUCCCCUCACACCAACGUGCUUCCCCUCACACCAACGUGCUUCCCCUCACACCAACGUGCUUCCCCUCACACCAACGUGCUUCCCCUCACACCAACGUGCUUCCCCUCACACCAACGUGCUUCCCCUCACACCAACGUGCUUCCCCUCACACCAACGUGCUUCCCCUCACACCAACGUGCUUCCCCUCACACCAACGUGCUUCCCCUCACACCAACGUGCUUCCCCUCACACCAACGUGCUUCCCCUCACACCAACGUGCUUCCCCUCACACCAACGUGCUUCCCCUCACACCAACGUGCUUCCCCUCACACCAACGUGCUUCCCCUCACACCAACGUGCUUCCCCUCACACCAACGUGCUUCCCCUCACACCAACGUGCUUCCCCUCACACCAACGUGCUUCCCCUCACACCAACAUGCUUCCCCUCACACCAACGUGCUUCCCCUCACACCAACGUGCUUCCCCUCACACCAACGUGCUUCCCCUCACACCAACGUGCUUCCCCUCACACCAACGUGCUUCCCCUCACACCAACGUGCUUCCCCUCACACCAACGUGCUUCCCCUCACACCAACGUGCUUCCCCUCACACCAACGUGCUUCCCCUCACACCAACAUGCUUCCCCUCACACCAACGUGCUUCCCCUCACACCAACGUGCUUCCCCUCACACCAACGUGCUUCCCCUCACACCAACGUGCUUCCCCUCACACCAACGUGCUUCCCCUCACACCAACGUGCUUCCCCUCACACCAACGUGCUUCCCCUCACACCAACGUGCUUCCCCUCACACCAACAUGCUUCCCCUCACACCAACGUGCUUCCCCUCACACCAACGUGCUUCCCCUCACACCAACGUGCUUCCCCUCACACCAACGUGCUUCCCCUCACACCAACGUGCUUCCCCUCACACCAACGUGCUUCCCCUCACACCAACGUGCUUCCCCUCACACCAACGUGCUUCCCCUCACACCAACGUGCUUCCCCUCACACCAACGUGCUUCCCCUCACACCAACGUGCUUCCCCUCACACCAACGUGCUUCCCCUCACACCAACGUGCUUCCCCUCACACCAACGUGCUUCCCCUCACACCAACGUGCUUCCCCUCACACCAACGUGCUUCCCCUCACACCAACGUGCUUCCCCUCACACCAACGUGCUUCCCCUCACACCAACGUGCUUCCCCUCACACCAACGUGCUUCCCCUCACACCAACGUGCUUCCCCUCACACCAACAUGCUUCCCCUCACACCAACGUGCUUCCCCUCACACCAACGUGCUUCCCCUCACACCAACGUGCUUCCCCUCACACCAACGUGCUUCCCCUCACACCAACGUGCUUCCCCUCACACCAACGUGCUUCCCCUCACACCAACGUGCUUCCCCUCACACCAACGUGCUUCCCCUCACACCAACGUGCUUCCCCUCACACCAACGUGCUUCCCCUCACACCAACAUGCUUCCCCUCACACCAACGUGCUUCCCCUCACACCAACGUGCUUCCCCUCACACCAACGUGCUUCCCCUCACACCAACAUGCUUCCCCUCACACCAACGUGCUUCCCCUCACACCAACGUGCUUCCCCUCACACCAACAUGCUUCCCCUCACACCAACGUGCUUCCCCUCACACCAACGUGCUUCCCCUCACACCAACGUGCUUCCCCUCACACCAACAUGCUUCCCCUCACACCAACGUGCUUCCCCUCACACCAACAUGCUUCCCCUCACACCAACGUGCUUCCCCUCACACCAACAUGCUUCCCCUCACACCAACAUGCUUCCCCUCACACCAACAUGCUUCCCCUCACACCAACAUGCUUCCCCUCACACCAACAUGCUUCCCCUCACACCAACAUGCUUCCCCUCACACCAACAUGCUUCCCCUCACACCAACGUGCUUCCCCUCACACCAACGUGCUUCCCCUCACACCAACGUGCUUCCCCUCACACCAACGUGCUUCCCCUCACACCAACGUGCUUCCCCUCACACCAACGUGCUUCCCCUCACACCAACGUGCUUCCCCUCACACCAACGUGCUUCCCCUCACACCAACAUGCUUCCCCUCACACCAACAUGCUUCCCCUCACACCAACGUGCUUCCCCUCACACCAACGUGCUUCCCCUCACACCAACGUGCUUCCCCUCACACCAACGUGCUUCCCCUCACACCAACGUGCUUCCCCUCACACCAACGUGCUUCCCCUCACACCAACGUGCUUCCCCUCACACCAACGUGCUUCCCCUCACACCAACGUGCUUCCCCUCACACCAACAUGCUUCCCCUCACACCAACGUGCUUCCCCUCACACCAACGUGCUUCCCCUCACACCAACGUGCUUCCCCUCACACCAACGUGCUUCCCCUCACACCAACGUGCUUCCCCUCACACCAACGUGCUUCCCCUCACACCAACAUGCUUCCCCUCACACCAACAUGCUUCCCCUCACACCAACAGGAGCAGCAGCAGGGCAGCAACAGCAGCAGCGGCGGCAGCACUGUGAGCUGGCAGCAGCUGCGGGACCACUCGCACCUGCCAUCCGUGCUCGCCAGGUCAACAGCCUCCGUGGCGGGGUGCUUCGAUGACGUCAUCGCUGAGAUGCAGCGCCGCCUGCAGGGCCUGCCUGCCUCCUCGCCUGCCUCCGCUGCUUCCAAUGCUGCUUCCAAUGCUGCUUCCAAUGCUGCUUCCAAUGCUGCUUUGGCUGCUGCUGCAGCAGGAGAGGAAGGAGAGGAAGUGGGGGACGGAGGGGAAGGGAAUGGAAGGGAGGCAGGUGGCGGUGGCGCGGCGGGCAAGAGGACGUUUGCGCUGGGAGAAGGCCACCCUGCCUGCUGUCCGUGUCUGCUGUGUGGGGAGCGAGAGGCAUCGAAGGCGAGGAGGCAGCGCAGGGGGCAACCGAGAGUGGGGGAAGAAGGUGGGGCGGAGGGGGAUGGGGAGAGCGUGCUGCUCACUCCAGAAGACUCUGUGCUCAAUGCCAAGACAGCGGAGAGGCUGCUAGAGCGGUUGGAGGCGGUGGAGGUGCUGCGCAGGGCGGUGGUGGUGUUUGGCGGGGACUGGUUCCGGCUGGGCCUGUCCACGUACAAGUCGCACGACCUGCCCGCCUGGUGGCGCGCUGGCAUCCACGACAAGGGGCUCGUCAAGGUGUGUGGCAUCCACGACAAGGGGCUCGUCAAGGUGCGUGGCAUCCACGCCAAGGGGCUCGUCAAGGUGUGUGGCAUCCACGACAAGGGGCUCGUCAAGGUGUGUGGCAUCAACGCCAAGGGGCUCGUCAAGGGGUGUGGCAUCCACGACAAGGGGCUCGUCAAGGGGUGUGGCAUCCACGACAAGGGGCUCGUCAAGGUGUGUGGCAUCCACAACAAGGGGCUCGUCAAGGUGUGUGGCAUCCACGCCAAGGGGCUCGUCAAGGUGUGUGGCAUCCACGACAAGGGGUUCGUCAAGGUGUGUGGCAUCCACGACAAGGGGCUCGUCAAGGUGUGUGGCAUCCACGACAAGGGGUUCGUCAAGGUGUGUGGCAUCCACGACAAGGGGCUCGUCAAGGUGUGUGGCAUCCAGGACAAGGGGCUCGUCAAGGUGUGUGGCAUCCACGACAAGGGGCUCGUCAAGGUGUGUGGCAUCCACGACAAGGGGCUCGUCAAGGUGUGUGGCAUCCACGCCAAGGGGCUCGUCAAGGUGUGUGGCAUCCACGACAAGGGGCUCGUCAAGGUGUGUGGCAUCCACGCCAAGGGGCUCGUCAAGGGGUGUGGCAUCCACGCCAAGGGGCUCGUCAAGGUGUGUGGCAUCCACGACAAGGGGCUCGUCAAGGUGUGUGGCAUCCACGACAACGGGCUCGUCAAGGUGUGUGGCAUCCACGACAAGGGGCUCGUCAAGGUGUGUGGCAUCCACGACAAGGGGCUCGUCAAGGUGUGUGGCAUCCACGCCAAGGGGCUCGUCAAGGUGUGUGGCAUCCACGACAAGGGGCUCGUCAAGGUGUGUGGCAUCCACGACAAGGGGCUCGUCAAGGUGUGUGGCAUCCACGACAAGGGGCUUGUCAAGGUGUGUGGCAUCCACGACAAGGGGCUCGUCAAGGUGUGUGGCAUCCACGACAAGGGGCUCGUCAAGGUGUGUGGCAUCCACGCCAAGGGGCUCGUCAAGGUGUGUGGCAUCCACGACAAGGGGCUCGUCAAGGUGUGUGGCAUCCACGACAAGGGGCUCGUCAAGGUGUGUGGCAUCCACGACAAGGGGCUCGUCAAGGUGUGUGGCAUCCACGACAAGGGGCUCGUCAAGGGGUGUGGCAUCCACGCCAAGGGGCUCGUCAAGGGGCUCGUCAAGGUGUGUGGCAUCCACGACAAGGUGCUCGUCAAGGUGUGUGGCAUCCACGACAAGGGGCUCGUCAAGGUGUGUGGCAUCCACGACAAGGGGCUCGUCAAGGUGUGUGGCAUCCAUGACAAGGGGCUCGUCAAGGUGUGUGGCAUCCACGACAAGGGGCUCGUCAAGGUGUGUGGCAUCCACGACAAGGGGCUCGUCAAGGUGUGUGGCAUCCACGACAAGGGGCUUGUCAAGGUGUGUGGCAUCCACGACAAGGGGCUCGUCAAGGUGUGUGGCAUCCACGACAAGGGGCUCGUCAAGGUGUGUGGCAUCCACGCCAAGGGGCUCGUCAAGGUGUGUGGCAUCCACGACAAGGGGCUCGUCAAGGUGUGUGGCAUCCACGACAAGGGGCUCGUCAAGGUGUGUGGCAUCCACGCCAAGGGGCUCGUCAAGGUGUGUGGCAUCCACGCCAAGGGGCUCGUCAAGGUGUGUGGCAUCCACGACAAGGGGCUCGUCAAGGUGUGUGGCAUCCACGACAAGGGGCUCGUCAGGGUGUGUGGCAUCCACGACAAGGGGCUCGUCAAGGUGUGUGGCAUCCAGGACAAGGGGCUCGUCAAGGUGUGUGGCAUCCACGACAAGGGGCUCGUCAAGGUGUGUGGCAUCCACAACAAGGGGCUCGUCAAGGUGUGUGGCAUGCACCCCAAGGGGCUCGUCAAGGUGUGUGGCAUCCACGACAAGGGGCUCGUCAAGGUGUGUGGCAUCCACGACAAGGGGCUCGUCAAGGUGUGUGGCAUCCAUGACAAGGGGCUCGUCAAGGUGUGUGGCAUCCACGACAAGGGGCUCGUCAAGGUGUGUGGCAUCCACGACAAGGGGCUCGUCAAGGUGUGUGGCAUCCACGACAACGGGCUCGUCAAGGUGUGUGGCAUCCACGCCAAGGGGCUCGUCAAGGUGUGUGGCAUCCAAGCCAAGGGGCUCGUCAAGGUGUGUGGCAUCCACGACAAGGGGCUCGUCAAGGUGUGUGGCAUCCACGACAAGGGGCUCGUCAAGGUGUGUGGCAUCCACGACAAGGGCCUCGUCAAGGUGUGUGGCAUCCACGACAAGGGGCUCAUCAAGGUGUGUGGCAUCCACGACAAGGGGCUCGUCAAGGGCAUAUUCUUGCACGGGUACGGGUCGUGGGCGGCCAUCAUGAAGGACGCGGAGCUGCCCUUUGCGGCGCUCAUAGCGCCCAGCAAGGCCGCCAAGGGCAAGGCAGGGCCCCGCAAGGCCGCGGCAGAGGCGGACGGCAGUGGCGCCGGCGAGGGAGGGAGAGGCGGCAGCGAGCAGGCGGACGAGGACGGGGCAGGCGGGGGAGCGGCAGGGGAGGGGGCACCGAAGGCGAAGGUGGUGGUGCGGAGGGUGAAGUACCUGGAGAAGAUGCUCAAGCGGCAGCUCAUCAAGCGCGACAGCUCUGGUCCCCGCAAGCGCAUGUCCGCCGCUGCCAAGGCUGCUGCUGCCGCCGCCGCCGCCGCCGCUGCAGCUGCUGGUGGUUCCGCUGCUCCCUGCGUUGAUGCCAAGCCUGCUGCUGGCACUGUCAGUAGUGUCGGUGCUGCUGCUUCUGAUGAUGUGGAUGCAGGGCAGCAGCGUGUGCAUGGACACAUGGCGUCCGCUGGUUGGCUGGUGGGAGAUCCACACAGGGCUGGAGGUGGGGGGGAUGUUGGAGGAGGCGGGGGAGGAGUGAGCCUGGAGUUCACAUUGGAGAGGGGCGCGGGUGCUGGGGGAGUGGGUGGGGACCGGCCUCUCUUCGAGCCCCCGGACGAGGAGGGCUUUCCCGCGCCAGAAGACGUCAGCGAAAACCGCGAUGAGACCGACGAGGCGGCCGACGGUGUUGGCGACUUCCCCAUCCCCACCUUUCCCGAAGACCUCGUCCACGAUGAAGGUGGUCCCGAGGCAACGAAGGACGCCGCACCUGCAAGUGUCAUCAUCCGCGCUCAUGAGAAGGGGUGGAUGGACGGCAAACUCGUCGACGACUGGGUUAACAAUGUCCUUCUCCCCUUCAUCAAGCCGCCUCGUGGCAUCCUUCGGUCCAAGACCCUCCUGGUCGAGGUGGGAGAGGACGUCCACUCCUCCCCCUUGGUGGAUGAGUGGGUCAACCCCCUUUACACCACAACUGCUGAUGACGAGGAAGCUGCCUGGGAGGCGGACAACGAGGACUGUGGGGACAUGCCCGCGGAGGAGGCGGAGGAGGAGGAGGAGGAGGAGGAGGAGGAGGAGGAGGAGGAGGAGGAGGAGGAGGAGGAGGAGGAGGAGGAGGAGAAGGAGGAGAAGGAGGAGGAGGAGGAGGAGGAGGCCGAGAUGGAGGCGGAGGAGGAGGAGGAGGAGAUCGAGGGGGAGGCAGAGUGGGGAGACGUGGAGGAGGACGAGGUGGAGUAG